GUCUCACACUUGUGCUCAAUUCCCAAAGCGGGACGGGCACGAGGGUGCCUGUGCUGUACAUGAACGUGAAUGCCAGUCACGCUACAGUGUCGUCUAUAGAGACACACUGCCAUACAUCUCCACUGCUCAGUGUAUCUCUACUGUCAUACAUCUACAGGACUCCCGGGCAGCAGAAUAAGAGCCCAUUCAUUCAUCUAAAGAGGAAAAGAGCAGAGAAGACUCAUUGAGACCUAACUUGAGACAGUGUCAUAAGUCAGCAGUCAGACAGAUAAAGUAUUGGUGCUGGUGUGUAGCAAUGGGGGACUGGAGUCUCCUUGGUAAUUUUCUGGAAGAGGUUCAGGAGCAUUCAACGACAGUGGGCAAGGUAUGGCUGACUGUGCUGUUCAUCUUCCGUAUCCUGGUUCUGGGCACGGCCGCGGAGUCAUCGUGGGGUGACGAGCAGUCUGACUUCAUGUGCGACACGCGACAACCUGGUUGCACCAAUGUCUGCUAUGAUCGAGCUUUCCCCAUUGCUCAUAUCCGUUACUGGGUGCUGCAGAUAGUCUUCGUGUCAACACCAUCCCUUAUCUACAUGGGCCAUGCCAUGCACACGGUCCACAUGGAAGAGAAACGUAAGCAGAGAGAGCAGGAGAUGGCUGAGGGAGAGAAUGAAAAGGGACGAGGAGAAAAAGAAUAUUUGAAGCAGAGAGAAAAAGCAGAUGAUGCACCGCCCAAGAUCCACCUAAGAGGUGCUUUACUGCAGACGUACAUCUUAAGUAUUUUUUUGCGCUUAGUCAUGGAAGUGACCUUUGUGGUGAUCCAAUACAUGUUGUAUGGAAUCUUCCUCAAUUCUCUGUACCAUUGCGACACGUCACCCUGCCCAAACCCAGUGAACUGUUACAUGUCACGGCCGACUGAGAAAAACGUCUUCAUAGUGUUUAUGUUGGUGGUGGCAGUUGUUUCACUGUUCCUCAGUGUGCUGGAGCUCUACCAUAUUGGCUGGAAGCGGUACAGGGAACGUCUUAGAAAGUAUACCAAUAACCAUGCAGGUAAAGGCCAACGCAAAAAUAGCAAAGCUGUUUCUGUAAUCAAAACAACUAUUCCAAAAGAAAUGCCUGACACGAUUCAACCAAGUCCAACCCAAACUUGUACCCCACCUCCGGAUUUCAACCAAUGCCUAGCUUCGAGCCAAGUACCAACAUCACCUCCACAUCUUCAUCCCCACCAUCCUUAUCAUAUUCACCAAAGCUGCCAGCCCUUCACUAACCACUUGGCACACCAGCAGAACUCUGUCAAUAUGGCGACAGAACGGCACCAUCAUAGUCAUGAUGACUUGGAGCCUCGUGAAAAUUUUCUGCAGAUGAGCUUUGAAAGCCCUCUGCCCAGCGCCCCCUCCACACCUUCACCACACCAAGACUUCUUCAAAGACAAGCGGCGGCUUAGCAAGGCCAGUGGCACUAGUAGUAACCGGGCCAGACCAGGAGAUCUAGCUGUUUAGGCUGGGUUAAAGAGUGUUCCAAGAGAAAGUCAGGAUUUAGAGGAAUGAUGAAGGGGGUUUGAGUCUGCUUGUCAGUUGGUUUCGAGUGUUUUAUUGACCAACGUCUCUGUAGAAGGGCUUAAAGAGCAGCAUGAAAUAUAAGACAAUGAGAUAAUGAGAGUGAGCACAGAGAGAGAGAAUCUGUAUCAGAGCAUCUAAUCUGGUUUCAUUGAAACUUGUCAUUGUUAUUGAAUGUAGGGUGGGAUCAAAUGAUCUUGGGUAAAAGGCUUUUUAUAUGACAUAGAUCAAUGAUUUAGAUAACUAUUAACUAUUGAUAUAACCUUGGGUGCAUUUAUAAAAUAGUAUUGCAUAAUUUUGUUUUGACUUCUAGCCGUGUUGAUGACAUCUUGCACUGCUCUUCAGAAUGUCAAUGUCCAUCCCUAUAAUACAACACAGCAAAAAGGAAAUCUUGGUUAAUCCAUGAGACCAAACUAAAUCAGAAAAAAAUGGUACCUGGGGCAGGACCUUUUCAAAAAGUACACCCUAAGUUAAAAAAAGAGUUCAUAUUAGGUAUAUAUUGGUACCAAAUAUCUGUAUCCAAGUGGUACAUAUUAGGGCCUUUUCAAAGGGUACUGUACCUUGGGACCAUUUUUGACCAUUUUUCUGACAGUGUAUUGGCUAUAUAGAAAGGGGCAAACCUCCAAAUGUAUUAUUUUAUAUGAAAUGCUGUAUAUGAACACAGUAGCAAAAAUGACUUAUUUAAGUAAAGAAAAAAACAGUUUGAUGUAAUGUGUAAAAACACUAAUUUGAGGGUUUAAAAAUGGUUAGGGUUCGAGUUAAGGGUAAGUUGGGGUAUCUUUGAUUAAAACGUUGAUCCAGGAUCAACAAAAAAUUUUGAUCCAGGAUCACAUCUUACUUGGUGAAAUCUUUAAAAACAAACUGCAUUAAAGUCAAACAUUAUUGCAGUCAUGUACUUUAAUAUACUGUAGUAAAACAACUUUUACAUUUUUUAACGACAAAAGCAGAUAUUAUAUAAGAUAUUGAGGAUUAUGAUUUUAAGGUCAGGAUAUGAUACACCCAUUAAAAGUGCGCCAUGGAAAAACUAUAUCAAAACUAUCAACCAGAUCUCAUGAGAACAAAAUAACUAUUUUACAUGCUGGCAAUGAAUUUUUAUCACAAAACAACCUAAGAUUAUCAGGAAAACAAAAGUAUAGCUCCAACCCAAGGCCAUGCCCAACCCAACAUCACUGAGGUUAAAGCAAAUCAUAUUAAAAUUAAUAGGAAUUAGCCACCUUGUAAGUUACAAAUUGCCAUUAGAUAAGUGUUGUAAACACUUCCACAACAAAUCACUCAUUGUAUAGGUGAAGGUACAUAUAUGAAUGAACCUGACUACAAAAGAGCAAACAUGAAGUUAAAUAUUUAACAUUUAACUUUGCUAUACUGUAUGAACAUCAUUUUUCUGAUUAAUGGAAAACAGGGUUUGUUUUUAUCUAAGCACUUUGAUGAAUGUUAAAAGCAUUCUAGUAAUGUUAUUCAGUCUUAUAAAUAAAGUUAUUAGUCAGAGAGUGUUCCCUAGCACUACGCUAUCUAUCAUUCAGCUAAAAGACUAGUACUUUGAUACAUUAUUGACACUGUCUGUUCAUGUUGUUGUCCACCUUUUUAUUAUAUUAUGGUUAUAUUAUGCAACAUAUAACCUUACACCAGUGUGUGGAGUAUGGAUGUUAAAUUUAGAAACUAGAGUGAGGAUUAGAGUUGAUCUGGAAAUCUUUGUCUGACAUUUUUAUCAUUGCAAUGGAUGACAUCUCUGCUUUAUUUCACGUUAUUUCUCACAUGAUUGCACAGUCACAUUGUCUCAUCUUGAGUAUGAAAUAAAAAUAUGCA